AUGUCGACAUUGAUAUUCCCCAACAAUGACGUACGGCCGGCCAGCGCGAGACGCUCCUCUGUGGGGUCUUCACCCAUCAGCACCGACGUAGUGUUACAACACAACACAUCAUCCCGACCUGCCCCUUGGUCGCAAGUUAACACUCGUCUCGAAUACGAUGUACGAGCCGAAGAAUUGCCCCAAGAGUUACACGCACACUUAGCAAAUGCGGAGCCCGAUCUGUGCGAAGCCGAUACACACGUACUCAAUCGUUGUACCUCUUUGCUGCUUGCGCCAUCGAUUCCGUCGCCUAUACCAUCAUCGUCGACCGCUGAUGUUGCUCGUUGUGGACAAUGCCCUGUGGUCUUCACUGGGGCGUAUCGAAGAGGCAACCUCGGGCGACACAUCCGGCAGAAACAUGCAUUAGUCAGAGGGAUUAAAUACAGGUGCACAGUUGCUGGGUGCGACAAGGCCUUUGCUCGUAAAGAUGCCAAGUUGAAACACGCACGCAAGCACCACCCGGGUCUACACUCCGAACCCGUCAGGAGAAAGCAAGGCAACCAAGCUACCGCUGCAAGCUCACCGCGAAACGCUGGCGGUGAUUCAACUCCCCGGCGUCGGUCAGAUAACAUACCUGUCCGAAUUAAUCGCCGCUCAGGAUCGCGUGCUGCUGGAACGCGUACGCACAUGGCACACGCUACCGAGCCCGCAGGUUCUAGAGAUCAGACUUUCCAGCGGAUCAAUUACAUCAACCAGACAGUAGGAGCAGCAGUCCUAGCUUAUCAUCCUGCAUAUUCAUUCUUUCAGUUUGGCCAACAUAAUGAUUCACCGAACAAUAUCAGCCACCAGGAAAACCGACCCUCUCCCCAGCACUUACAUCUUCCUCUCGCUGACUGGAUCUAUGGACAUCCGUCUCCACCAGCAGCUGCAAGCGGUUAUCAUAGUUCAAUGGGCAUGAGUACUCAGUCAAGCAGUCAAGAUUUCGACACUACGCCUUCAUCAUACUUCCACUCCAUACAUACUGAGUCGACCUCGGUACAAGGUAUAGACGAUCCUAUGUUGCGAAGUCCUCCAGCAUCGCCUAAUCCUUACCAUCCUACGUCGCUACAGUCUGGAGCCUCAUCAAACCCUACAUCUCAGAACAUUCCGCCUGUUGAAGAGACAGUGCCAGAAGACUAUUCCCAGGUCAUACCUGGAUCUGAUACAAGCAUUGAUCUUUUUCAUAUUGAUCCGGUCCUUUAUCAGCAGUCAUUAGAAUGGUCUUACUCCCUGGACGAAGAGCUAAGGGGACAAGACCUGGGUAAUAACUGA